CAAAUCGCAGAAAUCCACUCAGGCUGAUGUGGGAGGUCCACAAGGCUUUUACAUCUCAACAACGACCCCAAGUUUUAAGACAUUAACGCUAAGGUUAUGCCUGCCCAUACCAUAACCCCACCGCCACCACGGGGCGCUCUGUUCACAACGUUGACAUCAGCAAACCGUUUGCCCACAUGACGCCGUACACGUGGUAUGCGGUUGUGAGUCUGGUUGGAGGGGCUAGCCACCAUGGGAGAACAGCUGAGCCCAGAUGAGAAGCUUCACCUCAUCACUAGGAACCUGCAGGAGGUGCUUGGAGAGGAGAAGAUGAAGCAGGUUCUGGCAGAGAGGGAACUGAAGGUGUACUGGGGAACAGCCACCACAGGAAAACCCCAUGUUGCCUACUUUGUCCCCAUGUCCAAGAUCGCAGACUUCCUCAAGGCAGGGUGUGAGGUGACCAUCCUGUUUGCGGACCUGCAUGCGUUCCUGGACAACAUGAAGGCUCCCUGGGAGCUGCUGGAGCUGAGGGUGGAGUACUACGAACAGGUGAUCAAGGCCAUGCUGGAGAGCAUCGGGGUGCCGCUGGACAAACUCAAGUUCAUCAAGGGGACAGACUUCCAACUCAGCAGAGAGUACACUCUGGACGUGUACCGUCUAUCGUCCAUGGUAACAGAACAUGAUGCUAAGAAGGCUGGAGCUGAGGUGGUUAAACAGGUGGACCACCCUCUACUCAGUGGCCUGCUCUACCCUGGACUACAGGCUCUAGAUGAGGAGUAUCUGAAAGUAGAUGCCCAGUUUGGAGGAGUCGAUCAGAGGAAGAUCUUCACCCUGGCUGAGAAGUACCUGCCCUCUCUGGGUUAUGCUAAGCGUUCCCAUCUGAUGAACCCCAUGGUACCAGGACUGACUGGCGCCAAGAUGAGCUCUUCAGAGGAGGAGUCUAAAAUUGACCUCCUGGACAGGAAGGAGGAUGUCAAGAAGAAGCUGAAGAAGGCUUUCUGUGAGCCGGGCAACAUCGAGAACAACGGAGUCCUCUCCUUCGUUAAACAUGUCCUCUUCCCACUCAUAGGAGAGUUCUCCGUUAAAAGAGACCCCAAGUUCGGAGGAGACAAAACCUACACAGACUUUGAGGAGGUGGAGAAAGAAUUUGGCGAAGAGCUGAUCCAUCCUGGUGACCUGAAGGCGGGCGUGGAGGUGGCCCUCAACAAGCUGCUGGACCCAAUCAGGAAGAAGUUUGAAUCUCCAGAGCUCCGUGAACUCUCCAACACGGCCUAUCCAGACCCAUCAAAGAACAAAGGAGCAGGGAAGGGGAACUCUAAAGCAGCAGAAGGGGAUGAGCUGGUUCCCUCCAGAUUGGACAUAAGGGUGGGCAAGGUCCUCAGUGUGGAGAAGCAUCCUGAUGCUGAUUCGCUGUACCUGGAGAAGAUUGACGUUGGGGAGGCAGAGCCAAGGACAGUGGUGAGCGGCCUGGUGGCCUACGUUUCCCAGGAGGCCUUGCAGGAUCGGCUGGUGUUGUUGCUAUGCAACCUGAAGCCCCAGAAGAUGAGGGGGGUGGAGUCCCAAGCCAUGCUGCUCUGUGCCUCCAUUGAGGGGGAGCCCAGGAGGGUGGAGCCUCUUGACCCCCCAGAGGGGUCGUCACCCGGGGAACGUGUGUUCGUUGAGGGGUACGAGACGGGCAAGUCGGACGACAAACUAAAUCCAAAGAAGAAGACGUGGGAGAAACUACAGGUGGACCUGAAGGUGUCAGGAGAGUGUGUAGCCCAAUGGCAGGACAAACGCCUGAUGACCAAACUGGGACACAUCACCUGUAAAACACUGAAGGGAGGCAACAUCAGCUAAUACAGGGCACACACACACACACACACACACACACACUCUCUCUCUCAAUACACUGAUACGCACACUCUACUUGCUCAGCUACCGUCCACACACAUCACCAUGGCAACAUCACUCUCUCUUCUUAGCCAGAGAAAUAAUCAUUCUGUCAUUUAAUUAAUACUAUGAUCAAACUGUGUAUAUUUACUAUUGAUAUCAGGGCUGUAUUUUCACUCCUGAUGUAUGAGCGACGGUAUGGCUCUGACGGCCGAGUGCCCCAUUUUUUUUUUUUUAACACAUUGUAUCUUGCUGUCUGGGAAAUGCUUUGAGGAAAAUAUGGAACCACGUCGGUUGUGACCUAUAACCAAGAGACACGUUGUGUACACUAGCUAGCCUUCAACAGUUCUCUACUGUCUACCGUGUCUUAAAUCAUCCACACCAGUCACCUAGGACCUAUCCAUUACGGUGUGACAUUACACAACAUGAAUAUAGAAAUGUGUUGUGGUGGUAAGAGAACGCUAGUGGGAUGUGAUAACAGUUGAAGAUGUAUAAAGUACAGGUCAAUCAAGCUGUUAUUUUAUCAUGUGGGAUGGUGGUGGUGUCAGGAAUUAUUCUGUUAUUCGUGUCACAAUACUGCUAAUGCAUCAUCUGGAAAUGAAAUAAACCGAUGGUUGUCUUCCUUU